UACAAAGUUGCUGAAAAUUAAUUAGAAGUGUGGACUGUGGAUAAGACGUGUCGAUGCCUACCGCGUUUUUGUGCUCCAAGUCGUGUUCUUAUCUGACCACUAAUUUUACAAACGGUAUUUGACGGAGUUGGGUGCGGGGCAUCUGGCCCUCCUUGUUCCUUCUACCAUUCUCUCCCACCGGCAACCACAAGCGUAAGAUGCAGUCGGCAUCGCUCCGAUUUUUGAGGAAUGCGACGUUCGAGAUUUGAGCUCAGCUGCGAUGGUGGAAUGAACGUGCAAUUCCUUACACUUAUUGAAGAUUGAAUUUCUUGUUUUCUCUAUAGUUUUCACGACCCUUCUCUGUGCAUAAUCAGAGACUUGACGGAGUCUUCUUCGUCGUGGACUUUUGUUCUCCCGUUUUCACAUCGUCGACUCCGUGACAGCCACUUUUAGCUGACACAGAUAUGUAGCAAAUUCUGGCCAGUUUUACUUCUUAGCUUACCUGAAUCUCAACUUGCUGUGUCUUUUAUCAGAAAUUUAUAAUCAAAAUUUUCAACCCCAAAACUCCCGAAAGUCUGGGAAUCUCAAAAUCCAUGUCAUAAUUGGGAAACUUCAGUUUAGUAUGUUGAUAGGCAUGUAUUUAUGAAGUAUAUUUGACAUUGAAAGAAUUCGAGAGGGGGAGAGAAGGACACCAGAUUGAUCUGAAAUCAAACGUGCUCCGGGAUCUUACUGGAGAGCUAGUGAUGACGAAAACAAGUACAGAAGUCUCCAAGAAUGAGCGUAAUGAUGUUCUGGAGGCAUUAAAUCCUGCAAUUUCUAAUUUUCUUGGGCAGCUUUCUCAGAAACUUCAAAAGUCUCUCAAGCUUAAGAAAUUGGCUAAUGACGGUCAGAAGUUAAUGUCAAUGACAACGAGCCCUUUCACAAAAGGGGAAAAGAAGGGACCUUCUACAUCCUGGGAGCUUGAUGUGGAGAAGCAACUACAGGCAUGGAGAGAGAACCCUUCAUGGACCGACAAACCUCCACAAAUAAAGGUCAGUGUACCAAAAGAUACCCUUAGCAGACUCAAUGUAAAAGUUGAUGUUGGUUUGCCACCAGACGCUGUAUAUAAUAUUGUGACAGACCCUGAUAACAAGAGAGUCUUCAAGAAUAUCAAAGAGGUAAUAUCCAGACGGGUUUUGAUCGAUGAAGGUUCGAGGCAGGUGGUUGAGCUGGAGCAAGCAGCUUUGUGGAGAUUUCUUUGGUGGUCAGGGACAAUUUCAGUCCAUGUUCUAGUAGAUCAAAACAGAGCAGAUCACUCAAUGAUGUUCAAGCAACUGAACGCUGGAUUUAUGAAGAGAUUUGAAGGGUGCUGGAGAGUGGAGCCUCUAUUUGUUGAUGAAAGAAUGUGCUUCCCAGUAAAACCAAAGAACUUGGGAGAUUAUCAUGCUUGCACGAAGGGCAAGGGAAGAGUAGGGUCAAGGGUGAGCCUGGAACAGCUAAUUGAGCCAGCUAUUGUUCCACCACCGCCCAUCUCCUGGUAUCUACGUGGAAUUACUACGAGGACCACUGAGAUGCUCAUUCUUGAUCUGCUUGCUGAGGCUGAAAGAAUAAGGGGAGACGUGAAAGGCGAAGUCUUGAACAACGAGCUUGAAAUUUCUCACGAAAUGUCUGAUAGCAACUUAUUAGAUAGUGUUCUUGAUAUUAAAGAAAGAUGGGCAAUGCGUAGAAGAUAUGCGAAGCAAUGUCCUGGGGCAAGAAGGCGCUCUGCAGCCAAAUGAAUAGCCCCAGUCCCUUUAAAGCAGCACGUUGUAUGUAUUAACCGCUGAUAUUUCAUUCUACUUUUUCCAGCUAUUCAUCACAAAGUAGAUUACCCAGACAUCUCUUUUGUCAUCGUGAUUUUGCAUCAGUUUCUGUACUCUGAAGUCUGGAAGUAAGCCUCAGAUUCUUGGUCACGCUUUCACAGGGAAUGACAAAAGCCUUUUUUCUUUUUUGUUAGAUUUGAUGGCACAUGAAAACUUGCUCAAUUAUGGCAAAUGACUAAUUUCUUUUCUUUAUAAUAAUCUCUUAACAUUCACUAA